GCUCGCCGCGCAGGUAAUGGGGGGCCGCAGCGCGGCGCCGCACGUGCCGGAGAAGCUGGCAGUGCCCGCGCGCCACCAGGACGCCAGCAAUAUCCGUGUGCUGUGCAAGCGGACGCACUGGCCAAUGACGCGCCCGACGAGAUGCCCGACGCAGCCAGUGGGAUGGCCGAGGCUGCUAGCGAGCAGCAGGGAGUACACGCAGGGCCGCAUCGACGGGCACUGGAGCGAGCUGGGGAGCGUCUACGAGAAGCACGUGAACAGGUACCGCGGCUUCGAUGGCGAGGACCUCAGCAAGCGACAGGGCCACUUCGAGAGGGCGAACUACAAGUGGCAGCAGCGCCGGCCCAAGCCGUGCGCCGCGGCCGCGGAGCACCUGCGGGCGCUCGCCCGAGCGCGGCGGCAGAGGGGAAAUGAGCGCUCCGGUAGGCGAGGCCAGCACGUCGCAGACGGCCUCCUCAGCCACGACAUCUUCCUCCUGCUGCUCGCGGCGCAGGCGCUUGGGCAGGCGACAGACGGGACCGACGCUCCAGAAGGCGGCGAGCUGGAAGGAGACCAGCUGCGGGGCACCGAUUUCCAGGACGCUGACAUCACGUGGGACACGAUCAGCGGGCCGCUCAUCGUGCACGCGCUGAAGGACACGCGCAUCAGCGACAUAGACGAGGGCGCCACCUUGCUGGGCCUCGCUAGCAGGCGCCACUGGGCGAUGGUCCACCGCGCGACGGGCAAGGCGGCCGGCGACAGCGAGGGGGGCCACGUGUUGGCGAACCCGCAGAAGGCCGCGGGGGCAGCGCUGCAGGGCUGGUGGGCGGAGUACAGGCCGCAGCCCAUCGCCCCGAGGCAGGGGCUGGAGGGUUGCGGCCGCUUCAGGCCCAAGACGGGGCCCGGCGCGUCAGGCUGGCACCCGCGCCUGUGGGGCGAGGGCGGAGUCCGUGGAGCUGCGAGAGCCGCCAGUGUCCUCAAUGCGCUGGAGGCGGCAGGCGGCUUCCGCAACACGGAGCUGGCGAGGCCGUGGGAGACGACCCGCAUGCUGCACGCCAGGCGCUGGGAGGACGCCCGCCGCAGGGCAUGGAGUACGCGGUCACGUACUUCGACCUUCGACCUGGCCAAGUGCUUCGAGUACGUCGCGCACGACAAGAUGUGGCAGGCGGGAACCCGCUCAGAGCUCAACAGAGUCAUCCUCAAGAUGGUGAUGCGCAUCUACUCCAUGGCGCGCCGCGUCGUCCUGGACAAUGCGCACGCGGGCGGCAGACGCCGGGCGCGAGGUAUCGCGGCGGGCAGCCGCCUCGCGCCCCUCUGCCUCAAGUCGGCCAUCUUCGGGGAGCUCGACGGCGAGGCCGCAGACUUCCCGCGGGCGUCGCUAUGCCUCGUCUUCGACGACCUCGUGGUCGCUACGAGGGGUGCGAGGAUUUUCGUACAGUAUUGGCAUGCGCAGGUCGUGCAGCGGCUCGAGAUGUUCGAGCGGCUGGGCAUGGAGGUCUCCAGAGGCGCGGAGGGCAAGACGGCCACCAUGGCCUCGACCACCGCGCUGCAGGACGGCCUCGCCAAGCGCGCGCGGCCGCUGGGCGUCAGGGCUAGCAAGUAUGCCGCGAAGCCAGACCGCAUCGCCUGCAUACGGCGCGCGGGAGGAAUCGCGCAGACGAUCACCAGGCAGGGCAAGGUGCCGUCGGCCAUGUACGGGGCGCAGGUCAUGGGCAUGGCAAGCUCCGCACUGGUGCAUCUGAGGCAGGGUGCGGCGACCUCCUUCAGGGGCAACACCGCUGGCAGGUCAAAGCCGGUGGUGCUCCUAGCCGAGGGCGCCGACCCAGGCGUCCGCGCCAACGCGGAGCCGCUGGCCAACUGGGCCCUGGCGUGGCAGGAGGUCGACGGCAAGCCAGACCUGAAGCGCCAGCUCCAGGAGGCCUGGAAGAAGUGGGCAUAUCGAGUGGGUCGCGCACAGACCCCAUGGCUGCAGGUGCGAGGGCCCGCGGGGGCCUUCGUAGCGACGGCUAAGAGGUUGGAAUGGCUGACACGAGCAGCCCACCACAUCACCAUGGGCGAGGAGAUCCUGGACCUCAGGACACUCCCGAUCAGGGAACUGAAGCAGCGCAUCCGCAGGCCCACGGAGGACAGCCUGAAGCAGGAGUGGCUCACCAGGCACGGGGAGACGCACGGCAUCACCAGCCUUUUCGCCGAGCCUGCGCAGGCGCUGUUCAAGAGGCAGCGGACUGGCACGCGGCCGCAGCAGCGGCUCUACGACAAGGGCGCAGCGCAGGGCAACACUUGCAAGCGUGGGGCUGCGAGUUGGCCCGGGGCGUCGGAAGCGCAGCGCGCUGCGUCCGAGGCGCUCUGGGGACGGGGCCUGGCGCCAGACCCCGCGAAGGAGUUCGAGCUGUGGGGCCAGCCCUCCAGGGGAGCCAGCGCCGUGGAGGGCGACUUCAUCGGGUUCGUGCACGGAGCCGUCUACACCGACGGCAGCCUCCUGGUCGGUGAGUACCCAGCAUUUCGGCGAGGAGGCUGGGCUUUCGUGCAGCUGGACAAGCGGCGCGAGGUGCAACGUGCUUGGUUUGGCCCGCUCGAGGGCCCCCAGAGCGACCAGUCGACCUACGAGGGCGAGCUGGUGGCGAUCGCCAAGGUCCGCGAGCGGGUCUGCCCGCCAGUCAGGUUCUAUUCGGAUUGCAAGGCCGUGGUCGACGGCUUCGAGAGAGGGCCCGCCUGG